AUGCGUCUCCAGCUGCCCGAGUCCGCCGGCCCUCAGGCUGAGGCCCAGCAAACUGCCCUCAAGCAGUUCGCCCAGAAGUCCUCGAGCCUGCCCUUCGGCCAGCAUGUCCCGCUGUCCUCCAUCUCCGGCCCUACCUACCUGACCGCCCAGACCCUCGUCCAGCAGGUCGCCUACGCCCUCUCCGACAAGGUCUUCGCAUACUCGCCUGAGACGUACGACCUGGACGUUGCUUUGAAGGAGUGGCAGUCGCAGGGCGAGCACAAUGCCUUUGGAUACAAGACUGGCGUCUCUGCCCUUGAGACCAGGACUGGCGCCGGCAACGUUGCUCUGGGAUACAUUUUCUCCAAGGACUUUGACCUGUCCAAGAGGCACAUUCCUCAGGCCAUCGUUGCCUCGUCCUCCACCCUGCAGCAGCUGAGGCCUGCUUUGGACCAACUUUCGCUGCUCUACUCUGUCGCGAACCCUCUGGUUGCCCAUGUCGCUGCCGUCGACUACGCUGCUGGCUCCUCGUCCGGCCUGGUCACCGACUACUCCACCAGCUUCACUCUUGCCGAGGAGCUUGGCCUCGGUCUUGUCUCCAGCGCCUCUGCCUACGAGAUCCAGCACAUGUCUCUCUUUGCUACCCUUCUCGCCAGUGUUCUGCCCACCAUUCACACCUAUGAUGGAAUUACCGUUGGUCGUGAGACCACUCGUGUCGUUGAUGUCAUGGAUAAGUCUGGUCUGCUCAACAACUACAACGCCAUUCUGAAGGCUACCUCCAGCGUCGAGGGCAAGCACUCCGACAACGAGGGCCGUGCCGUUCGUCUCCUCAAGGCCUUCAACGACGAGUUCGGUUUUGACUACAAGCUGUUCGAGUACCACGGCCACGAGGCGCCUGAGACCGUCAUUGUUGCUUUCGGCACUGUUGAGGCUUCCCUGGGCGCCCAGGUUGCCCAAUCCCUUGCUUCCAACGGUGUCAAGGUUGGCCUGAUCAACGUCCGUGUCUACCGUCCCUUCGUUGAGGAGGUCUUCCUCGAGACCCUGCCCAAGUCUGUUCAGACCAUCGCUGUUCUUGGCCAGGUCCACGAUGCUGCUGCUGUCUCCGACGAGAGCGUCCACUCCGCGCUUUACAGCGAUGUCCUUGCCGCUGUCAGCUUUUCUGCUGCCAGCGCCGCCUCUGUCGUCGACGUCAAGUACGCUCGCGAGGAGGUUUGGACGCCCGCGAAGGUCGCCAACCUCUUUGCGAAGUUCAGCACCGAGGCUGCUCAGGCUGCCCUCUCCAUCUCUGAUGCUUCUGCCCAGCAGUUCACUUUCUGGAACAUUGACGAGUCCGUCGCUGUUGGUGCCCCCGUUGUCCUCGGCCAGCUGUACUCCAAGGACUCGGCUUCCAACGUAACCGUUCGCACUGGCCACGACAACCUGGUCCAGGGUGGUGUCGUUCGCACCGAUAUCCGCAAGUCCAGCAAGUCCCUUGAGGCCGCUUACUCUGUUGAUGCUGCCGACGUUGCUUUCGUUGGUGACGAGAAGCUCCUCCACGAGUUUGACAUUCUGAACAGCCUGAAGACUGGCGGAACCCUUAUUGCCAAGAUUCCUGGUGCUAAGGACGACGAGCUCGAGAAGCAUUUCCCCGUUGGCGCCCGCAAGGGUCUCUUCGGCAAGAAGGUCAACCUCUUCGUUCUUGACCCCACUGCUUCCGAGAAUGUCUCCGAGGACGCUGCUCUUGAGGCCUACCUUGUUCAGCUUUCCUUCCUGAAGGUUGCAGAGGCUGGCAGGUUCGAGACUCUGGCCCACAAGCUCGCUACCUUGAGCGGCGGCUCCCUCGACAGCAUCGUCAAGGAUGUUGAGAAGUCCCUUCGCCAGGUCCAGAUUCCCGAGUCCUGGGCCACCAUUGAGCCCGAGGUUGAGAGCAUCUCCCUGCCCACCGACAUCAAGGUCAACAGCUUCGCCUCUUUCCAGAAGGUUGACCCCGAGCCCCCGACUCUUCUCAAGAGCUGGGUCGAGGCCGCCAAGGGUCUUGCCUUCAAGGAGGCGUACGGCACCAAGACUGCCCUUCGUCCCGACCUUGGCGUCAAGACGGCCAUUGUCCACAUCAAGGAGCGCCGCCGUCUCACUCCUCUCGACUACGACCGCAACAUCUUCCACAUCGAGUUCGACCUCGGCGACUCCGGCGUCAAGUACGACAUCGGCGAGGCUCUCGGCAUCCAUGCUGAGAACGACCCGAAGAUGGUCGAUGAGUUCAUCCAGUGGUACGGCCUCAACCCCGACGAGAUCGUCGAGGUUCCCACGCGCGAGGACCCCAACGUUCUCGAGAACCGCACCGUCUACCAGGCACUGCUCCAGAACGUCGACAUCUUCGGCCGCCCCCCGAAGCGCUUCUACGAGGCUCUCGCCGAGUUCGCGACGGACGAGAAGGAGAAGACGGCGCUGCUGGCGCUGGUUACUCCCGACGGCGCCGUCGAGUUCAAGCGCCGCGCCGAGGUCGACACGGUCACCUUCGCCGACAUCCUGCUCGAGUUCAAGUCUGCGCACCCGUCCUUCAACGACAUCGUGCGCAUCGUCAGCCCGAUGAAGCGCCGCGAGUACUCGAUCGCGUCGUCGCAGAAGGUCACGCCCAACUCGGUCUCCCUCCUCAUCGUCACGGUCGGCUGGGUCGACGCGCAGGGCCGCGACCGCUUCGGCCAGGCCACGCGCUACCUCAACUCGCUCUCGGUCGGCGACCCCGUCACCGUGUCGGUCAAGCCGUCGGUCAUGAAGCUGCCGCCCAAGACGACCGCGCCCAUCAUCAUGGCCGGUCUGGGAACCGGUCUCGCGCCUUUCCGCGCUUUCGUCCAGGAGCGCGCGCGCCAGAAGCAGGAGGGCCACGAGAUCGGCGCCGUCAUGCUGUACAUGGGCGCGCGCCACCAGCGCGAGGAGUACCUGUACGGCGAGGAGUGGGAGGCCUACCAGGACGCCGGCAUCAUCACCCUGCUCGGCCGCGCCUUCUCGCGCGACCAGCCCGAGAAGAUUUACAUCCAGGACCGCAUGCGUCAGACCAUCGAGGACAUCCGCAAGGCGUAUCUCUCGGAGGAGGGCAGCUUCUACCUCUGCGGUCCCACCUGGCCCGUGCCGGAUGUUACUGCCGUGCUGGAGGAGGCGAUUCAGGAGGAGGCCAAGGCUGCUGGCAAGAAGGUGGAUAGCAGGAGGGUGAUUGAGGAGUUUAAGGAGGAGGGCAGGUAUGUGCUGGAGGUUUACUAA